AUGGCUGUGUCGCCGGGACAGUCAGAGUCUGUGUCGCCGGGAGAGACUGCGUCAACAGGGGAGUUUGUGUCACCGGGGGAAUCCGUGUCGCUGGGAGAAUCUGCGUCGCCGGAAAAACGCGCGUCGCCGAGAGAGUCUGUCGACCCCCUUUUCCAUACAAAAUUCUACGGAUCAGAAGGCUACAAGCGGAUAAAAACGCAUUUCCCUUCUGCCAGAAUUAAAAAGUUGAUGCAAAGUGAUGAAGAUAUCGGCAAAGUUGCUCAGGCCACUCCGGUGGCAUUAGGACGAGCAUUGGAGAUGUUCAUGUGCACGUUAGUAGAGAGAUCUUUGGAAACUGCACAGCAGGAUCGAAUGAAGAAGGUGAACGUUCAAAUAUUGAAGAAAACAGUGGAAACUAACGAGCAAUUUGAUUUUGUCGUGGGAAUCUGUGAUAAGUAUUUGAGCAAGGGAAAAUGA